GCCCCGCGGGUCGGCCUCGACGUUGUCAAGGGGCGGCCCCUCUCUCCGCUGCUACGUGGGGCCCGCACGCAGAGUCUGCCCGCAGCUGGCCCGAGCUUCGGGGCCGAGAGGACGCGCUGGAGCCCGGAGUUCGCUUCGCGCCGCACGGAGACCGCACCUGCCCGGCCCGGCGACCACCGCGCCCACCCACCGCCCUGGAGCCGCUGAAGGAUGUCCACUUGGGCCUGGACCCGCCCGCCCGCGGCCCCGCUCGCCUGGCUCUCCUCUCGGGCCAUUACCUCUAUUACCACUACGGCUGCGACGGCCUGGAUGACCGGGGCUGGGGCUGCGGUUACCGCACUCUGCAGACUUUGUGCUCGUGGCCAGAGGGCCGGCCGACGGGGGUACCCGGGCUGGCUGCCGUGCAGGCGGCCCUGGAGGACAUGGGAGACAAGCCACCUGGCUUCCGGGGCUCUCAGAGCUGGAUCGGGUGUAUAGAGGCCAGCCUCUGCCUGGAUCAUUUCGGGGGGCCUCAGGGGCGCCUAUGGCACGUGCCCCGUGGAGCAGGGCUUCAGGGGGAGCUGGAGAGGCUCUACUCUCACUUUGCAGGAGGCGGGGGGCCUGUAAUGGUUGGCGGGGAUGCAGAUGCCCAGGCCAAGGCCUUGUUGGGAGUGUCCCUGGGGCCAGGCACAGAAGCCUAUGUCCUGGUAUUGGACCCUCACUGCUGGGGUGCUCCGAAAAACCCCAGUGAAUUACAGGCUGCUGGGUGGGUGGGCUGGCAAGAGGUAAGCACAGCCUUUGACCCUAACUCCUUCUACAACCUGUGCUUGACCAGCUGUAACUCGGAAAAGCAGCGAAAUGCCUUGGACUGAGGCUAAGGUCCCAGAACCGAAACAUCUCUAGUUCCAUAUACACUCACCUACCCCCAACUCAAAGGCAGAGGCUGCCUGACAUCAGGCCCCCAGGAAGUCCCAGCAAAACCUGGGACCUUUGGUGUCAAUAAAGUGGCAAGGCCCAGCUA